UUCUGUCGCGAUCGACGCCUGCUUCCAAGUGCUUCAGGUGCUUGUGGACGCUUUCCACGCGGAAUGGUGAACAACACAGCGGAUUGUUUACUUGAUGAUAUUUGGACGUAGUGUAUGGUGCUUUCAUGGAUACGGGAUUUUGUGAAGUGGGGGCUGAACAAGCGCGGGAGGUUUCUAUGGCCGCAUCUUUGGAGGUUAUGCAUCCGUUGGACCCACCGCCUCCAGAUGUCUUACUUGCUUUAUUGGCUAGAAACAAGGCUCUCGAAGGUCUUAAUGGAAAUAAAGCCAGUAUCCCGAAAUGCGGUGGAUGUCACGAGAUGAUCGUAGACCGCUACGUCCUCAAAGUAUCAGAUCGUACUUGGCACGCGGGUUGUCUUCGCUGUGUGGAGUGUCGCGCAAUGCUCUCCGGGAAGUGUUUCGCUAGAAAUAAUCAGCUCUACUGCACUGAGGAUUUCUUCAAUCCUAGGCGGUUCGGUACAAAAUGUGCAGGGUGCGGGCAAGGAAUCCCGCCGACGCAAGUAGUUAGACGAGCGCAGUCCCAUGUUUACCACCUGCGCUGCUUUGCGUGUGCGGCUUGCGCCAGAACUUUGAACACAGGCGACGAAUUCUACUUAAUGGAGGACGGGAAGCUUGUGUGUAAACCUGAUUAUGAAGCGGCUAGAGCUAAAGGGGAUGGUUCCAUCGAUGGGGAUGCAGCGAGCAAAAGACCACGGACGACGAUUACAGCGAAACAAUUGGAAACCCUGAAAAGUGCUUACAGCAGCAGUCCGAAACCUGCGAGGCAUGUCCGGGAACAGCUGGCGCAGGACACCGGCCUGGAUAUGCGAGUAGUACAAGUCUGGUUUCAAAAUAGAAGAGCAAAGGAGAAAAGACUGAAAAAAGACGCAGGGCGGACGCGGUGGUCACAAUAUUUCAGAUCCAUGAAAGGCUCGGGCGGAGGUUCACCCAGACACGACCGCUUACUCGACAAAGAUGAGCUUAAAAUCGACUUGGAUUCCUUUAGUCAUCAUGAGCUGAGCAACGACAGCUACAGUACGGCUGCAAUGGGGGGCGAAGAGGGUUCUCCCGCGGGGGUAGGGGGCUCCCGUUUCGGGGCCACUCCGCCGUACCUGCGCGCGCAUUCGCCCCCCCACGCACACUACCACUACCCGCCCGACCACCUCGUCUACACCAAUAUCGGUCAAGCCAUAAGCGGCGGUCUCGUUACCGGCGGUGCAUCAGACAUGAGCAGCUCGUCAUCCCCCGCAGCAGGGGGCUACCCCGACUUCCCCCCAUCACCAGACUCGUGGCUCGGUGAGCAUUAUUCACCUCGAGGAUAUCCCUAGCGGCGGCCACCGCCAGCGCACGGGCACUUAGCGCCCCCACCGCUGCCCGCGCCCUGCCCGCCGCAGAUUGCAUUACAACCGCUCGAACUAGUUGUUAAACGUGAAAUGUGACUUACAAACAAUUUCAAUAGCGGGUUAUAUAGUUUUCAUUGAGUGGAUUGCGUACACGUAUGGUUUAAAUUUUUUGCCACUACAACAUUGUUAUUUUAUAGAUUACUUAUUGCAUAGCGAGACGAACAGCGCGAGUCCAUGUCCACUUCUUUAGCUGCAUAUCUGUCUUUUAUGUGAGUGUGUUCGCGAUCGCUGUGACCAAUUAUUCAACGUCCUGAACUAACCGUUCUGAAUUGUUAAUACACGAUUCAUCGAGUUAACUAUUACGUUUAGAGUAAUUCUAAGAACAUUCUGUAGAUAUUGAAAAUUUAUUGGUGACUGAAGCUUCUAAUUUGAAUGGGACCCAAACCGAUGCUUCACGCAUAAAUGCUAAUACUAAAAAUUGAGAGGGGUAAUUAUUGAUAUACGGGUUUGUUUGUAGAAUGUAACCUGUACUUACCCCAGAGUAAUAAGCGCCUAACGAUAUAUAUUGUCGAAUUUCUUCAUUAUAGCCUUGAUGUUAUCGUAAUCAUCGUUAUGAUGUAAUCAAAGGUGAGACAUAAAAAAGAAAUUAAAACCGAAUUGAUGUGAUCCAGGCCUUUGAAGUCCUUUAGAAAUAAAAGAUCGUUACAGGCUUAUAAGGCAAUAAAUUAGAUAAUGAUAAUAAAUCUAACAAUACUUUCUCGUGCAAUGUUUUUUCUAAGAUUGGUUUUACUUAGACAAAUUGUAAUGAAUGUAAAAGCGCAGCGUUUUAAACAUUUUGUUAUUUGUGUAAAUAUUAGAAUAGGUCAAUAAAGGAACUAAUUUAUAUUAAAUUGUAAAUAGUUAAAUGUAUCUAAUAUGAUUUACGCAUGUAGCUUAAGAAACUCUGAUUAAAGUCUAAGGAACUGUUUUAAUUCAAUGUAAUUAACGUAAUUACUUAAUCAAGUGUUUUAUUGUAAUGUAAAUGUUUUACGAUCACAACUUCGACAGAAUACUGUAUAUACAAUGAAUGUAAUUAAAAAUCUAUCAAAUAGCUCAUUAAUUAAGUCCAUAGUAAUACUUUGUGCAAAGAAUCUAGUCGAGAGAUAUCAUAUAUUAUGUUAUAU